CACAGAGACUAGCGAGCUAGCGUCAACCGCUGACAGUUUGUUGUUUACCGAAUAAAUGCGAUCAUAUUUUCCUCGACUUACUUUCUUAACGUUUUGUAAUGACCAAUGGUAAGUUUAAGGUUAAGUAAGAGGAGUUUGUUGACGUGUGGUAGAGUAACAUUAACUUUAGUCGCCGUGUUUGUGUUUUGUAGCUGUGUUUGAACUCCAUCAGUAACAGCCUGAGUGCUCUGACUGAAGGAAACCUGUAACGUAGAAACGCUGAAGAAUAACAACAGAUUUGCAGGGGAACCCAAAGGCCAGCCGGAUAUAUUGCUCCUAUACACUUCCUUUUGAGACUCCACCCACUCAUAUUUGUUAAAGAAAAGUCUUAAAAUAUAUCUGGAGUUGUGUGGGGAAAAACCAAACCCUCAGGCGCUGUUUACACAUACCCGGGUAUUUUUAAAAACGCAUAUUUUCUAAACUCCGUUUUCCAAAAUAACUUCGUGCGCACAGCUGCGGUUUUUUUUUUUAAUUACGUUUAUAUUGAUCCGCAUAAAUACGCUGUCAAGAGCUGUCAAACUCGGUGGCAGUGUUAGGAGAAUGACAGUUCCACACAAACCAAUCAGAAGCCUCAUCGAGAAGCGCGCAUGCGUGUACACUCACCCUGUAUGUACGGACGUACCAACUCUGCGAGUGACAGGAGUGAGGAUCGCGACAUUCUGAAAUUUUCCUGCCAUUCCUCCGGGACGACAAUGCCAUUCUCGAAAUUCUCCCACCAGAUAGCAGACCGUCCAGGCCGAACCCAAAAUCGCUGGCGGUGGUACGGUCGGGCUCUUUUGGUCACCAGAAGCUCCGCAAUUGCUGCCCUCCGAGCCCUAAUGCGUCUUUGCUGGUUUCCUACUGAUGCUAAACUGAGAAAAGUUUGGGAGACUGCCCUCAGAAAAGAGGGGUUUUCAGCCACUCCUCAUUCAGUUCUGUGCAGCAAACAUUUCACAGAGGAUGCUGUUGACCGAACUGGGCAGAUUGUUCGCCUGCGUGAAGGAGCCGUCCCAUCAAUUUUUAAUUUCCCAGCACACCUUCAGAAAAAACCUAUUAAACCAAGAAAGACUGCAACAUCACAAAAGGCUGCAGCUCCUUAUGAAGUAGUGGUGAUGAAAGCAGACAGCAAUCCCAAGAAACUAAAACCUGAAACUCUGGUUUGUGGUGAGCAUUCAUAUGCACUGGAUCCUUCACCAAACAGGGUGAAAGACAGAUUGGUUCAGGCCCUAACAAACAUGGAGCGCCUCCAGCGUCAACUCCGCAAUGCCAAGGACAGAGAGAGGAGGUGCAAGACAACACUAAACAGUGCCCUGGAUGAUCUAAAAAAGAGAAAUCUCAUCACUGAUGAACUUCAUCAAAGACUGUACAUGUAUUCAAAUCUUUAGAAGUCACUAACUCUUGCUAAGUUCGUUAAAAUUGCACUGUGCAGCUUUAAGAGGGUAUUAAAUAUUUCAGUUUUGUGGCACAAAAGGAAUUAGUUAAUUUGAGGCAAAUAAUUUUUGUUUAAAUGCUCCAUGCAUACCAUUCCUUUUGGAUUUUCUCUUGUGGGCCCUCCGUGUCGAACUAUUACCCCAGUUAGUGUACUGGAACCAGGAUCCCUCACCAGCUUUGCUGAAGAGUUUUCUCUCCCACAGUGUACUGAAAGAUUUUGCCUGAUCAUGAUGUAAAAUACCAUGAGCCUGUAAAUAUUGCCUUGUUUUUGCACAUAAAUGUAUAAUAUUU